CGACUUUCAGUGAGAUCGCCACCAGCCAACUGAAUCAGUCUGGCCGAGGAAGAACUAUCUGGUUUUACUUCUUGCUGGUAUUUUAAACCACGAGUGCGCAUACUCAAAAUUUUAGUUUCCCCUCUGCUUCGGAACUCCCGUCCGAUUUCUCUUCCGUCGCCUACACUCAACUCUUGUGUUAAAAUGGACGCCGAAAUUAGAACCGUGUUGCCCAACAUCGACCCGGUCCUCUCCGAGUACUCGGUCGGCUACCUGACCCACGCCUCGACCAUUUACUCUGACGAAGAGGACCAGUCUGGCCCUUCCCCUAUCGCCGAGGCUGCUGCCACUGUCACUGAGUUGCUGCUCUCCGCCUCUGGAAAGCCGGAUGCCAAGCUCCAGGAGAAGAUCGAAAAGCUCGUUGAGAAAUGGGUUGAGAAGUACACCGAUGCCAACGGUGGUCUGAGGAGUGGCCCGUCUGCCGUGAAGAGACUUGAUGAGACCUUUCAGGUCAGCUCGCAGCGAAACAUGUCCUCCACACUGGCCGUGUCCACUGGAGCUGUCGACCUCGAGUCCGCGAACGCUCGUAAGGUUGAGUCCAAGGUCGAUCGCAAGAAGCUGGAGAAGGCCGAGCGAAAGAUUGCCGCCAAACAGCAGAAGAAGACCUACAAGACGGUUGAGUACGAGGCGUCCAGGCUGCUGGACGAGCCGGAGUCCACUCAAUCCUACGAAGAGUUCUAUAUGGCGGUCAACCCGCUGCAAAUCGGUGGCUCCGGCGCCAAUAAGACCAAAGACAUCAAGCUGGACAAUAUCGAUGUGUCCAUUGGUGGCCAGCGCAUUGUUACUGACACCGACUUGACCCUGUCCUAUGGUCACAGAUAUGGUCUUGUUGGUCAUAACGGUGUUGGUAAAUCCACGCUACUUCGUGCUCUCUCUCGCAGAGAGCUGCCCAUUCCGCCUCACAUUACCAUUCUCCACGUCGAACAGGAGCUUACUGGAGACGAUACUCCCGCAAUCCAAGCUGUGCUCGACGCCGAUGUCUGGCGCAAGGUUCUGCUCAAGGAGCAGGCUGAAAUUACACAAAAGCUGGCAGAUAUCGAGAGCCAACGCACCGGCUUGGCCGAUACCUCAGCCGACGCCGCCAGACUUGACAAAGAAAGAGAAGCCCAGGACAGUCGCCUCGGUGAUAUCCAGGGCAAGCUGGCCGAGAUGGAGUCUGACAAAGCCGAAUCAAGAGCGGCAAGUAUUCUGGCUGGUCUCGGUUUCUCGGCCGAUCGCCAACAAAAUGCCACCAAGACCUUCUCUGGUGGUUGGCGUAUGCGUCUGGCUCUUGCAAGAGCGCUGUUCUGCGAGCCUGACUUGCUGCUUCUUGAUGAGCCGUCCAACAUGUUGGACGUUCCAUCCAUUGCCUUCCUGUCGAAUUACCUUCAAGGAUAUCCCAGUACUGUCUUGGUCGUCUCUCACGACAGAGCCUUUCUCAACGAGAUUGCGACGGAUAUCAUUCACCAGCACUCCCAACGCCUCGAUUACUACCGCGGCGCCAACUUCGAGUCCUUCUACGCCACCCGCGAAGAGCGAAAGAAGACGGCCAAGAGAGAGUACGAGAAUCAGAUGGCGCAGCGAGCCCAUCUCCAGGCCUUCAUCGACAAGUUUAGAUACAACGCAGCCAAGUCUUCGGAAGCUCAGUCGCGCAUCAAGAAACUCGAGAAGAUGCCAGUGCUUGAACCUCCCGAGACGGAGUACAGUGUACACUUCAAGUUCCCCGACGUCGAGAAGAUGACGCCUCCCAUCAUCCAGAUGACCGGUGUAACAUUUGGCUACAACAAGGACAACAUUUUGCUGCGUAACGUAGACCUCGAUGUGCAGCUAGAUUCUCGAAUCGGAAUCGUCGGACCCAACGGCGCGGGUAAAACAACUGUGCUCAAGCUUUUGAUUGGAAAGCUAUCGCCUACAUCUGGUCUUAUAUCGCAGAACCCCCGUCUGCGUGUUGGUUUCUUUGCCCAACACCAUGUCGAUGCCUUGGAUCUGACCAUGAGCGCUGUUGGCUUCAUGGCCAAGGAGUACCCGGGUAGGACGGAUGAGGAAUACCGCAGACAGCUCGGUGCAUUUGGUAUCACCGGUACGACGGGUCUGCAGAAGAUGGCAGUGCUUUCCGGUGGCCAAAAGUCGCGUGUUGCCUUUGCCUGCCUUGCGCUGACGAACCCACACAUCCUGGUUCUCGACGAGCCUUCUAACCAUCUCGACAUUGAGGCAAUGGAUGCGCUUGCUUCUGCUCUGAAAGAAUUUCAGGGCGGUGUUCUCAUGGUCUCUCACGACGUCACCAUGUUGCAGACGGUGUGCACCUCUCUCUGGGUGUGUGAUGGAGGCACGGUCGAGAAGUUCCCUGGUGACGUCCAGGCCUACAAGAAGAGAAUUGCAUCCCAAGCUGAUGCAGCCGGUGUUGUCAAGGCUCACUAAGAGAAAGGAUAUUUGUACCUGGUGAAGCAAGUAGUCUAGACAUCAAACCAUCUUGAUGAAUUAAAAGUCACAAUGACCCCCUUCCCCCCGGGGUAUUGGGGAAAUUGAGCUGCGUCCUAUCCAGCACAGUUUGAUAGGUCUCAGGCACACCGGAGCCCCCCUGCGUUCU